UAAACUUUCCUGCUGUAAAAUCUAAGCGGUGUUAAUUCAUAACGGCAGGCGAGGCGCCUCAUCUGGAGUCCAGCAGCUCAGCCGAAUCUCUCCGCUGAGGCCAUGAAGAGAAGGCUUCAGAAAAAAUACAUCAUCUUAAUUCUAGGAUACUCCGUGGCGCUGCUUUUAAUUCCAUACGUACUAGAUUACCGGAGCAAGUCGCCCCACAUUAAGGAUGGAUACCAGCAACAAAAGUGUCCCGAUCUGGAGAGCACCAUCGCCCUGUGGAGCAGCGUCAGGUCGGCCAACUCAACGGAGACGGAGGACAGCGGCAACAGGAGUCAGUCCCGAACACACAUAUACCUCCACGCGACCUGGAGGACAGGCUCUUCCUUUUUAGGGGAACUAUUUAAUCAGCAUCCCGAUGUGUUUUACCUGUACGAACCCAUGUGGAAUAUGUGGCAGGCGCUUUACCCGGGGGACGCGGGCAGUUUACAGGGAGCAGUGAGAGACAUGAUGAACUCCCUGUUCAGGUGCGACUUCUCGGUCUUAAAACUCUACGCAGGCUCGUCCAACGUGAGCACCUCGUUCAUUUUCGGCUGGAAGACCAACAAGGUCAUUUGCUCCGAGCCUCUGUGCAACGCGUACAAAAAGCACGAGAUCGGCUUGGUUCAAGGAGACGUGUGCAGCAAAUGCCAGCCCAGAGACCUCAGAGAGCUGGAGAAAGAGUGUAAAAAGUACCCGGUGAUGGUCAUCAAAGAUGUGCGGGUUUUGGACUUGGCGGUUCUGGUCCCUCUCAUGCGAGACCCCGCCAUCAACCUCCAGAUAGUGCAGUUGUUUCGCGACCCCCGGGCAGUGCACAACUCUCGGCUGAAGUCCAAGCUGGCUCUGGUGAAGGAGAGCAUACAGGUGCUAAGGAGCAAGAAACAAAGCGACAAGUACAAGCGGCUUCUGGUGCCCAGCAACAGGGUGCACCGGGCCGAGAACUACGUCUCCAGCGCGAUGGAGUUAAUAUGCGACAACUGGCUGAACGACAUGUCGCUGGUUCUGAACGCUCCGCCGUGGGUCAAGAGAAACUACAUUAGGGUCAAAUACGAAGACCUGGUGCUCAAACCCGUGGACGAGCUCCAGAGGCUAUACCGUUUCGCCAACCUCACUCUUUCUCCAGCCAUGGAGAAGUUUGUGAUGAACAUGACCCGCGGGCGAGGCUAUUCCUCGGAUAAACCCUUCCUCAUAUCAUCCAGAGACGCCAAAGAGGCGAUUUUUGCCUGGAGGGAAAGGCUGAAUGUGGAGCAGGUGAAGCAGGUUGAAGCUUACUGCAGUGAGGUAAUGAGGCAGCUGGAUUAUCAGAAGAGGAACAUGGACAAGACCUAAAACCAUCAGCACACCAGUGUUUGGAGCCUGAUGUGUUGGAGGAACAGGAGGACAGUGGGGGAAACAGCCUGACAUGAAGCUACACCAGAAGUGUACGACACGCCGACCAGAGCUGAAGAGCAACACCCCCGAGAUCUCCCUCACAGGCCCGCCACGGGGCACAGAGUAGACCACAGAAGAGUCUGACAAGAGAGACACUCACAAACCCACCACCCUUAAAACGAUACUGACAACAAUCCUAGAAAACAAAAAACUAACAAUAACCCAGAGAGAGAAAGAGAACGAAACGGCCAUCAAAGGCUCAGAGUGUCCCGAGAGACAGAUUUCAUCCACAAUAAUCCCUGCCCAAUCCCCAGACGCCUAUAAUCAGCCACACGGGACAGACGCUACAGGCUCUUUACACGUAUUUGCAUUAUUGUGCAAGCGUUAGGGCCUAUUGUCAGUUUGUUGGAAGGAUUUGAUAAUGAAAGCAUCCCUGGGCAUUUCUGUAUUCAUCAACAACAAGCGAAGAGGAUUGGUAUUACUCGCAAAUACUCUCAAUGAAGCACGGACUGCAAUUGAGGAGCUGGAGAAAUGGGUGGAGAAAUCCUCCCAAAGGAAAUCUAGAGUUCUCUACAACACUCCCACUGGUGUGAGAUUUCCCGGAUCCCCCUGGACAUCACCAGUUUUAUUUUUUAUUAUUGUAUGACGUCUAGCCCUGGGCUGUUAGAUUAGAAAAAUGUGUUGUGUUCACCUGCGGCCUUCUUUACACCUGUUAUUUAGAUGCGUUUUGGUUGAGCAGAUCACAGGUAGAUGAGAGAGACACAAUCACUGUAUAAAUAUAUAACAAAAACUAUGUUUUUAUAUACUGUAACUUAAAUUAAUCAGUUUUUUUAGUUAUAUGAAGCUUAACUUAAUAUUUAUUCAGUUUGACUGAUGUAAAUAAAACUAUAGAAGUUCCUUUGAUUUAACAAAAAGAAUUGUAGGUAGCAAGAGUUUUUUUUACAAUGACUGCAAUUACAUGGACAUCAGUAAUCAAAUUAUUUGCCUUAAUCUGAUUAUGACAAUAGUAUGAUUUAUGUGUUUAUAUGAGUUGCUUUCUGAAUGUUCCUUUCAUGAUCCUGUUUUACAAGUUAUACCACAUAAUUUGAUUAACGUCAUUGCGUUAUCCACAUUUCCUGCAG